GUAAGUACUUCCGGUUGCAGACGACAAGUGCCCGUGAAUUCAUGAAAAAGAAAUUUUGGACUUAAUUUGUGAUAGAUAAUGGUGACGAGUCAAAUAUUCACAGCAACGACUGAUGGAAAUCUUUCUUUUCUCUUGGGUUUAAAGCCAGAACAAUUAACAGACAAAGUAGUAGACGAGAAAGGAGCGAAUUGUUGCCAUUAUGCAUCUAGGGCGGGUCGGGUGGAUGUCAUCGAGUAUCUUGUCCAGUCAAGACAAUUCAAUCCUCAUAAACGUUCCGAAGUUGGGUCUACUCCUGCACAUGAUGCCGCAGCUUCAGGAAAAUUGUCCACUUUACAGUGGUUACUUAAACAGGCCAAACCUCCUCUAUCCGAAGACGAUCAGGAUGGCACAGGGGCAACCAUAUUACAUUUAGCAGCUAGAUAUGGACACGCUUCUGUUGUUGAAUGGAUUCUUGAUAAUACUCAGACGGAUUUGACAGUGAUAAAAGCAGCAAGUGGUGCUCUUCCACUUCACUUUGCUGCAUCUGGGGGUAGCGUGGAUACUGUUCAAAUUCUAUUAAAAGAAUCUCCAAGGUCUGUUAAUAUGCAGAUGAUGAAUGGAGCAACACCAAUAUACAUUGCUGCCCAGAGUGGUCAGUUAGAAGUCUUGAAACUACUUGUUCAAAAAGGAGGCACUGUUAAAAUCAAUUCAUAUGAUGGCAUGUCUUGUCUACAUGCAGCUGCCCAGAGUGGCCAUCUUGAAUGUGUAAAAUUUUUGGUAUUGGACCAGAAAUGCAAUGUAAAUGAGCGAGACUUUGACGGGGCUUCUCCUCUUCAUUAUGCAGCGAGCUUGGGCCAUGUUGAGGUGGUGAGAUGGCUGUUGACACAGGGAGGAGCCAAGGUCACACUGGAUAACCUUGGAGGCAGCCCACUCCACAACGCAGCAGAAGUAGGACACCUCAAGGUUGUGAGAGUCCUUCUGGAGAACCACUGUAGUCCUGACAUCACAGACAACCAGGGACUCACUGCUGCAGAGCUCGCCGAGAAAUGUUCUCAUGAUCAGUGUGCCAAAGAAAUCAAAGCCAAACAGGCAGGUAAUGAUGUAGAAGAAGACGACACACAGCAGACGUGGACCCGCCAUUUACAGACGUCAACCUCCGACGAUAGAAGCUUUGUUACACCAGGUAAACUACCAGAUUGUGAGAGGACUUGCACACUUUCACAGGAAACGGGGGAGUGUGAACAGAGUGACCAAAGACAAACCAAAGCAUUCGAUUGGACAGACAAUAGUACAUUUAGAACUGAACAAAUUGACAACACAUCUCCACAGAAAACCAAACCAUCACAGAGUGUGGGAAAAUCUUCACAAAAUCAACCUGUGAAUAACUCCACAAAGUUCGCAGUUGAGGAAGAAAUCCCUGUCAGGAGUGUCUUCAAGACAAGAACAGAGGUAACUCGGAACAAGUCCUUUGGGACCUCAGACUUCCUGCAGAGGUACAGCGGGGUGAGAGAGUUGCCUCCCUUGACUAAGAGACCGGUGGCCCCUGUCAAUCCAGUGUCCCCCUACGAUAACAGAACCAGGAUGAGUGAGGCAGAGAAGGAAGAGGUGCAGCAGUUAUCUCCCCAUACAUACAGAACCAGGAAGACGCUGUUACUGACAGAGCUAAAUGACAAGGUCAGGAAUUCCCAAGUCAAUGGAGGGGGACCUCAGAGUGAUGGACAUGUCCAUGAGGCUGUCAGCAGUAGGAGACCAGAAUCCAGAGAUGUAUCGCCCAUGUCAAGAUCCAGCCCCUCGUCUUCCGUCUAUUCUGAUUCCGCUAGAAGUAGUCCCACACCGCCCAGCACAGAUCUGAUUGCUGAGCUCAAGAAAGCUGCUGUUGCCCCAACUCUGAAGAAAACCAAGAAGCCGAGUGAGGAGGGGAAGAUGAACUUUAUUUACUCCUUUGGAGGACCAGUUAAAACUGGUGCUGUGAGCAAUGGAGCAACCAACCAUAACUCGAAUGGAACAGCAGACAAGCUCAAAAAAGAAAAGCUCGUGCUGGAAGGUGAUUUCGAUCCCAAGAACUUUAUGGACCAGAUAGACGGUGUAGAUAAGUCAGGUAACCCCGUACCUGACUGGAAGAAACAGAUGCUGGCCAGAAACCUGGCGGAGAAAGCCUUCAAAGAAUACGAAGAAAAACGGAAGCUGGAAGAAAUAGAAGCUAGAUUCAAGAACAUGCCUCUGUGGAAGCGACAGUUAAUAGAGCGAAAAGAAGCUGAAGCAAGGGCCGCACAGGAGCAAGAACAAAAAAGGAGCGGGCAUUGAAAGAAAUAUACCAACACCUCUUUAUGAAAAAUUAAUCAGUGUAAUGGAACUGACUUACAAUAUCUUCUGUCUCAAAUUCAUUGUCUCAGAAAUCCCACAGGUUGUGUUAUGUAUGUAAACAUGUAUAAAACUAUAUUUUACAAAUAUUUUUAUUGUACAAUGUCUUGUGUUAUUAGUUUAUGAGAAGAUAUUUUACAAAAGUUUUUGCAAUCUGUAAGGCUAUUAAAUUGUAUUCACAAUCAAAUUUUUGCUUGUAAUUUUUUUUUAAUCAGUUGAUUAAAUUGAAUGUUUAUAUAAAGCUAUGGUAAUUGGUCCUCAGCAUAGUUAUUGCACUUUGUCAACAUAUAUUUUUGUUAAAAGUUAGGGUUGUGAUGGGGAGCUGAAUGUUAUACAGUACUCUCCAAACUGUUAUGCAUAUCCAUGUUAUUUAUUUAUUGUUGUUUCAAAUGCAGUACUUAAUGAAUAUGCACUUAAUCAAUCUCUGCCAUGUGUUCAGUGAUCCAGAUAUUAUGUUUUACAGAUCAUUUUGCAAUUACUACCAUGAAUAUAUUUUUGACAAGUAACUAGUAAGUAGAAAUUUGUUGAUUGCCAAAACCAGUACAUAAAUGUAUUUUGUAUAUAUUUAAUUCCACAGAUUCAUUGUAUUAAAAUAAUUUACAAACGUAAUUGUUACCAUUAAGAAAUUUUCUUGUCCAGUCCUUUUCACAAACCAAAGCUUUGAACUUUCAAAGUCUCUCGAAAGAUGAGAAUGAAUCAAUUGAAUAUAUUUUUAAAAGCUUCAGUGGUACACAAUUUAUGCUUAAACUUUUCUUCCUUUACUUCAAAAAGUAAAUUACCUUGUACAUGUACAUGAUAUUGUAUUUUGCUUCUAGGGCUUAGUUGUUACUCUUAAUAAUUUUACAAUCAAUAGGUGUGCAAUCAAUUCACAUAUACUAAAUUUGUUGCACAUGAAUACAGACUACAGACAGCUAGUACACAGUGCUUACUAUAGUGUACACCAUUGUAAUAAGCAAUGUUGAUUUGUUCUGGAAUAAAAUGUCACACAGUGACAAAUGAAUGUG